AUGCUUGUGGCAGCUACACCGGCACUGGGACCAGUAUGCCCAGCAACCCAAGUGGCUGCGGGGCUUGCGGUUGUGGAGGAUGUGGCGAGGCUUAUGGAAACAUGGGAGCUUGCGGGAGUUCUGAUGCUGGUGGUUGCGGGUGUAGCUGUGGUGGCUGUGGCAGCUGCGGAGCUUGCAGCGGCUGUGGAGGUUGUGGCACCUGCGGUGGUUGUGGCAGCUGUGGCGGCUGUGGGAGUUGUGGCGGGUGUUGCGGAGGGUGUUGUGGAAACUGUGGCGGUUGCGGAGGCUGCGGCAAUUGCUGCGGAGGCUGUGGCUGCGGAGGCUGCGGAGGCUGCGGAGGCUGCGGCUGCGGCGGCUGCGGUUGUGGUGGUUGUGGUGGUUGUGGAGGCUGCGGCUGUGGUGGUUGUGGUGGUUGUGGAGGCUGCAGUGGUUGUGGGGGUUGCAGCGGGUGUGGUGGCUGUGGCGGUUGCGCAGGUUGUUGUGGCAACCCUUGCGGCAGCUGCGGUUGUGGCAACUGUGGAGGUGCUUGCGGUGGUUGUGGCUGCGGAUGUGGAGGAUGCGGAGGUUGCCCCCAAGGCUAUAGCUGCAGCUGUGGUGGAUGUGGUGGCUGCGAUGGCGGAUGCGGCUGUGGUUGUGGUCCCUCUGGCUGUGGUGAUGCUGGAGCUGGACCUCCUGGGGACCGACAAGCGAAGCUCAAGGCGUAUGAGCAGAAGGCUUCCGAAGCAUUUGAUCAGUUGCUAG